UUCAAACUUAUGAGCAAAAGUUAUUAAACAAAAUCUCCCACGAAAAAUUCAAAGCACUAAAAUUAAUUUGUAGUAAUUUGUAGUUUUAUUGUGUACGAAAAUCUGUUAGUUUACACUGUACAUCAAAUCAAGGAAAAGUAGUUUUGGUUAGAGUUAACAAUUAACAUUAGGAGCGAAAAUUUAGGAAUAUAAAUAAAGAUUAAGUGAUCACUUAAAAUGGAGCAUUCCGGAGAGUUAAAUGCACAGUGUACUGGAAAUAAUGAAGUGCCAGUCGAAAUUAAGCAGGAAGUUACAACAUUUUCCUACGAUUUGAAUCCGCUCGAUCUGAAACCAUUUCUCGAAGAUAACACAAAUGUCUCCGAAGAUCAUCCCAAGGAACUCGGAUUGCUAAAUACAUUGCCGGAAAACAUUGACAGUGCUUUUCAGAAUCCUUUUGCGGAGCCUCAGGAGGAACUGCAUGACGUAGAAAAACCAUAUGAAUGCAGCACUUGUAACAGAAGAUUUCAGAAACCCAACACCUUGGCAUUCCACAAACUGAAGCACACCAACGAGAAGCGGCAUGAGUGUGAAACGUGCAGUAGGAAGUUUUUCACCAGACACGAGCUAACAGUACACCUGCGAUGUCACACGGGCGAACGCCCUCAUGUGUGUGGAACGUGUGGCAAAGGUUUUACUCAGAAUUGUCAUCUAAUUUCGCACAUUCGCACACACACUGGAGAGCGACCGUACAAAUGCGACGUGUGUGACAAAGAGUUUAUGCUGAAAAAUCAUUUGAUUCAGCACAGCCGAUGCCACACUGGAGAAAGACCGCACAAAUGUGAUAUCUGUGGCAAAGAGUAUGGAAGAAUGAAUGAUCUGGCAAAGCACCGACGUGGCCACACCGGUGAAAAACCAUUCAGAUGUGACAUUUGCGGCAAGAAUUUCACUGGCAAUAACUAUUUGGCUAGGCACAAGCGCACUCACACCGGCGAAAAACCUUACCGGUGCGAUCUGUGUGACAAAGAAUUUCUGACCCUGCGUCAGUUGACGUGCCACAGGAUUCGCCAUACCGGCAACAGGCAGUUUCGAUGCGACAUAUGUGAUAAAGAUUUUUUCACCGCCCACGAGCUGACGUUGCACAUGCGUUGUCACACUGGCGAGCGGCCACAUAUCUGCGAAGUUUGUGGCAAAACGUUCGCCCAGGGCAGUCACCUGCGAGUUCAUCGUCGAACGCACGAGCGCCGAAUAACGGUACUGCCAGUGCCAGCAGCAAUAGCAAGGAGCGCCACUGUAACCGAUAUCGAGUAAAUAAAGCGUUCUUUGAGACAACAAUUUUCAACAAAAGAUAAAAUGACCGAACAUUCCGAACAGUGUAGCGAGGAGACGGGCUGUAACUAUACGAUUUUUUUCGACUAAAUCAAAUGUUAAAUGUAUUUCCUCGACGUUUCAAUCAAUUGAUUAGGCCAAUUUUCGUCAGAAGUAGAUUCAUUAACUAGUAUAUUUUGGUAUCAGAAGACCGAUUUCGUGUAACUUCAAAUCAAGUGUCGCCCUUUCUAAUAUGCAGUAUCAUUUUAGUACAGAAUUUAUAAAAUUUUCCAAGAAACAGUCAACUAUUCUGGCUCGUGGA